AAAAGAGGGGGGGAAAAAAACCACAAGAUCACAACUUUUUGUGUGGUGUUCUUGGGUCCACUCAAAUUUUGCUGCUAUGUGGACAACACAAAUUCAAUACAUCUUCCUUCAACUGUACUUGAACUUCCGCCUGUGUUUCUCUGUCACAAGAGAAUAGCUUCUCAGCUCAAUCACCCAUUGACACGUCCAGUUGUUUCUUUGGUUUCUCAUUCAAGAAUCAGUUUUUAUUGAUUUGAGAUUGUGUUUUUACUUGAUGGGUCUCUGGGGAAUGAGAAAUUGACGAGUUCCGGAAGUGGGUUCUUGAAUUGAGAGGAAAAUCUCGCGCUUUUCUGCAUUUUUUCUCGAGUGUUGGACUGGGGAUGAUGUCAGUGUCAUGCCAUAAUCUUGAGUUUGGGCGAACAAGAUUGGAGUUUGCGGCGUGUGGGUGCUCUUCCAAUGCUUCUCCCAAUCGUCUAUCCGUGAGGAAUCGCGCAAAGGCGUUGCUCAGGAAUGUCAAUAGUGGCUGCAAAGCUCGGAAGUUGCUGUGUUCCAGGCGGGAAAUUGGUCGUUGCCGCGUGUUUUCGACAAAGACUCCUGAGGCUUUUCUCAGUGGGGUUGCAGCUGGUCCUCCACCGGUGCUGGAUUUGACGAAAGAGCCAACAGGCCCUUUGUCGAUGGCGGAUAUGUUUGAAGUGGUUGCAGAAGACCUACUAACACUGAAUAAGAAUCUGCAGUCGAUUGUCGGCUCAGAAAACCCUGUUUUGAUGUCUGCUGCUGAGCAAAUCUUUGGAGCUGGGGGGAAAAGAAUGAGACCUGCGUUAGUUUUUCUAGUUUCAAGAGCCACUGCAGAGAUUGCUGGUUUGAAGGACCUCACCAAAGAGCAUAGAAGGUUGGCUGAAAUCAUUGAGAUGAUCCACACUGCAAGUUUGAUACAUGAUGAUGUGUUAGAUGAAAGUGACAUGCGAAGAGGAAAGGAAACCGUCCACCAGUUAUACGGUACAAGAGUAGCUGUUCUGGCUGGGGAUUUUAUGUUCGCCCAAUCAUCAUGGUACCUGGCAAAUCUUGAAAAUCUCGAAGUCAUAAAGCUCAUCAGCCAGGUCAUUAAAGAUUUUGCUAGCGGUGAAAUAAAGCAGGCAUCUAGUUUGUUCGACUGUGAUGUUGAACUGGACGAGUACUUGAUCAAGAGUUACUACAAAACAGCCUCCUUGAUUGCUGCUAGCACCAAAGGGGCUGCCAUUUUUAGUGGGGUCAACAGUGAAAUCAGCGAGCAGAUGUAUCAGUACGGAAAGAAUUUGGGUCUAUCCUUUCAAGUUGUUGAUGAUAUAUUGGAUUUUACUCAGUCCGCUGAACAACUGGGGAAACCUGCCGGGAGCGACUUAGCAAAAGGAAACUUGACUGCUCCUGUAAUAUUUGCACUAGAGAAAGAAACGAAACUGAGGGACAUCAUUGAAUCUGAAUUUUGUGAGACGGGCUCUCUUGAGGAGGCCAUUGAUAUCGUCAAGAACUGUGGGGGCAUCGAAAGGGCACGAGAGUUGGCGAGAGAGAUGGCCGAUCAAGCCAUUCAGAACCUUCAUUGCCUACCCCAGAGUUCCUUCAGACGAGCACUUGAACAAAUGGUGUACUAUAACUUGGAACGAAUAAAAUGACAGAGAACUCUUGUUUAUACACGGAACAGCAUGCCGUCUGAUUAAUUGAUUCUCGAUCGAGUUCAACUAAUCGGGCCACGGAUAGGGGUUCCGGCUGAAGCCGCUGCCGGUGGAGAUGGUUUCUCAGUGGAAGCUACCAACAGAAAGCAGCUUCUGGCUGUAUACUUACAGGUAAUAUUGGGCAAUAUUUGCUGUAACUACUAUUGCAUAUUUUGGUCAUUUUCUGAGAAUGGCCUAUAGGAAGACAUAACAAUGAAAUUCAAUUCUUGUUGUAUGGUAAUUGUUCAAUGUCAUGAAAAACAAAUGAUGUUGGUUAUAAUCUACAUACUUCAGUAUUUCCCCCCCA